UAUAUAGAAAGACAAAUAUGAAAGCAUGAGUUCCCUUUCCUUUUCCUGUCUUUGCAGCCCUGCAGUGUUGAGAUGGCCCUUCGUUUCUUGUCUUGACUGUUGUUCUGAUUUGAAAUCUCUAUGACUCUAGCAGCUUAGAAUACUACUCAAAAUUUCCCACUUUUUUUGUUCCUCACUUUCCUUAUUUUGUUUCUUUCUUCAGAUUCUGUCGUUCUUUUUAUGUAUGGAAUGAGCGAAAGUGGCGAGGGUCACUGACUUCCCUGUUUAGCUUUUGGGUUGCUUCCCUUGCAAGGGAUUGGGUGUUGAAAAAAAUCUGUUCUUUGUUACUGUGUUAGAUAAAGAAGGCUGUUUUCCUCAUUUAUAGCCCCUGCUAGGAUUUGGGCUUGAGUUUUCUUGAUUUGUGGUGUUUGUAUUUAGGGUUCUUGAUUUGUGGGAGAAGACCUGGUUGAACUAGAAGCUGCAGUGUGGGUUUUGAGGUGUCUUGAGAUGUGGGUCUGGAGUUUCUGCUUCUGCUGUGUUCUUGGUUUUUGAUCUGGGAAUCUGACUGGGAGUUUUACUCUGAGUUACCCUGAUGAGUUUUCUGAAUUUAGUGUUAUUGGUUUGUGUCUUUUGUUCAUGUUUGGGUCUUGAAACCCCAAUUCAAAAUUGCCAUCCCAGUGAUUUGCUGGGCUUGAAGCAAUUUGCAGGCAACCUAACUAAAGGCUCCUUUCUCUCAUCAUGGUCUGAUGAAUCCAAUUGCUGCACAUGGGAUGGUGUUGAAUGUGAAGGUGGUGGCAACUCUUUGGCCGCAGGGAGGGUGAUCAAGUUGAAUUUGUCUGGGAAGGGGCUAAAAGGGGUAGUUUCAAAAUCUCUUGAAACUUUGGGGGAAUUAAGGUUCCUUGAUCUGUCACACAAUCAUCUAGAUGGUGGAUUACCCUUGGUGGAUUUUUCCAAAUUGAAGCAGCUUCAAGUUCUUGAUUUGAGCUACAACUUUUUCAAUGGAGCAGUGUUGGGAGCACUCAAUGGGUUGGAAUCAAUCCACUCAAUCAAUAUCUCUAGCAAUAAAUUCACUGGAGACUUGAUUGAUUUUGGUGAAUUCCCAGCUCUUCUUGUGCUCAAUGUAAGCAACAAUUCAUUUUCUGGUGCUCUCAGCUCUCACAUUUGCAGUGUAUCCAAAAAUAUUAGAGUUUUGGAUUUCUCAAUGAACCAUUUUACUGGUGUUCUUCAAGGCUUGGAGAAUUGCAGCUUAUCUCUCAGAGAGCUGCAUUUGGAUUUCAAUUUUCUCUCAGGAGAACUUCCUCAGUCUUUAUACUCAAUGUCAUCAUUGGAGCAUCUUUCAGUCUCUGCCAAUAGCUUCUCCGGCCAGUUAGGCCGAGAGCUCAGUAAGCUUUCAAAUCUCAAAUCCUUAGUUUUAUGUGCAAAUCAAUUUUCUGGUGUUAUUCCUGAUGUGUUUGGAAAUUUGACUCGAUUAGAGCUUUUAGUCCUGCAUUCGAAUUUGUUCUCGGGGCGAUUGCCCUCUACAUUGGCACUUUGCUCUAGCUUACAAGUGCUUGAUCUUAAGAACAAUUCAUUGUCUGGUCACAUUGAUCUUGAUUUCACUGGAUUGCCUAAACUCUGCCAUCUUGACCUUGCAACCAACCAUUUCUCUGGACUUCUUCCAGAAUCUCUUUCCAGUUGUCGGGAGUUGAAAGUCUUGAGCCUUUCCAAGAAUAAGUUAGGAGGAUCGAUACCCGAGAGUUAUGCUAGCCUUUCGUCCCUUGAAUUUCUCACAUUGUCCAACAACAGUUUCGAAAAUCUAUCUGGGGCUUUAUCUGUUCUGCAGCACUGUCAAAACCUUUCCACACUUGUUCUCACCAUAAACUUUAAUGGUGAAGAAAUUCCCAAUAACGUGAGUGGAUUCGAGAACCUAACAUUUUUGGCAUUGGGAAAUUGUGGGCUGCGUGGUCAGAUUCCAAUGUGGUUGUACAAUUGUAGUAAAUUGCAGGUUCUUGACUUGUCUUGGAAUCAUUUGGAUGGUAGUAUUCCUUCUUGGAUUGGUAAAAUGGAUAGGUUAUUUUACUUGGAUUUUUCGAAUAAUUCACUCACCGGAGAAAUCCCGAAAAGUUUGACAGAGCUAAAGAGCCUAAUUUCCCCUUGUAGCUACCUAUCCAGUCUCAAUUCUUCAACUAUCAUUCCAUUCUUUGUAAAGCGAAAUUUGAGUAGUAGUGGCUUGCAAUACAACCAAGUUUCGAGCUUUCCUCCUUCCAUAUACUUGAGCAAUAACAGAAUAAACGGGACAAUCUGGCCCGAGAUUGGACAAUUGAAGCAACUGCAUGUCUUUGACUUGAGCAUGAACAACAUAACCGGGACUAUCCCUGACUCAAUCUCAGAGAUGUCGAAUCUAGAGGUUUUGGAUUUAUCCCAUAAUGAGCUCUACGGAUCAAUUCCAUCUUCGUUCAACAAGCUUACUUUCCUGUCUAAAUUCAGUGUUGCAUACAAUCAUUUGAAGGGUGCAAUUCCAACCGGGGGUCAGUUCUUUAGCUUUCCCAACUCGAGCUUCGAGGGAAACGCUGGACUCUGUGGAAAGAUUAUUUCUCCCUGUGCUGUCAAUAACAUUGGUCUCCAACAACCCGCGCCAUCAGCUUCUUCCAGCAAAGGGCUCGAGAGAAGUAGUAUUAUUGGUAUAGCUAUCAGCUUAGCAGUUGGAAUCAUGGUGCUUCUUGCUUUUGUGCUGCUAAAAAUGUCUAGAAGAAACGAGCAGUGCCCGAUAGAUGAUUUGGAGGAAGAGAUGAGCAGACCGGGGAGAUUAUCCGAGGCAUUUGGUCCAUCCAAGUUGGUCCUUUUUCAGAUUUCGGAUUGCAAGGAUCUUACUGUUGCAGACUUGUUAAAAUCGACAAACAACUUCAACCAGUCGAACAUUAUUGGGUGUGGAGGAUUUGGUCUAGUGUUCAAGGCUGACCUACCGAAUGGCACCAAAGCUGCAAUCAAGAGGCUCUCCGGGGACUGUGGCCAAAUGGAACGCGAAUUUCAAGCUGAGGUAGAAGCCCUUUCAAGAGCUCAGCACAAAAACCUCGUUGCUCUUCAAGGCUACUGCAGACACGGGAGCGAUAGGCUGCUGAUAUACUCGUAUAUGGAAAACGGAAGCUUGGACUACUGGCUACACGAGAGCGUGGAUGGCACUUCAUUCUUAACAUGGGAUGCGAGACUGAAGAUAGCUCAAGGGUCUGCUCGUGGAUUAGCCUACUUACACAAGGAGCCAAAUAUAGUCCACCGUGACAUAAAAACCAGCAACAUUCUUCUGGACGAACGGUUUGAAGCUCAUCUGGCUGAUUUCGGCCUCUCGAGGCUAUUAUGCCCCUAUGAUACACAUGUGACCACAGAUUUGGUCGGAACACUGGGCUACAUUCCUCCCGAGUAUAGCCAGACAUUGACAGCCACAUUUAGGGGCGACGUUUACAGCUUUGGUGUUGUUCUUUUAGAGCUCCUCACAGGUAAGAGGCCUGUGGAAGUGUGCAAAGGAAAGAACUGCAGGGACUUGGUGUCAUGGGUGCUACAGAUGAAACUCGAGAAGCGGGAGGAGGAAAUAUUUGAUUCGUCAAUAUGGGAUAAAGAUCUCGAGAAGCAACUGUUGGAGGUUUUGGCCAUCGCUUGUAAGUGUAUACACCAGGAUCCAAGGCAGCGGCCCACAAUCGAUCAUGUUGUGUCAUGGCUAGAAGCAAUUGGACCUGAUCAGAAACCGAAAUGAUGAUAACUUCUUCACUCUUUUUACCUUCCUGUAUUGCUCAGUUCAUUUACAGCUGAAAGGAUAGGAUAUAUUUAUAUAUAUAUAAUCCUUAGUUCUUAUAAAGAGUAGGAUCAAAAGCCAUGGAUAUAUUCUGUUUUGCUUUGCUGCUUCUUUUGUUGUUAAUCUGUACAGACCUUCAGCAUUAAUACUCAAGGUCUCUUUGUGCCCAGAUUUCUUGCAUCCCAAAUAGAUACUCUACUACUGAUUUAUGAAUUGUAAAUUGCUUUGUAUAUCAA